UAGGGUGAUUGUACCAAUUACUGAACACGUACCAUUGAAUGAACCUCUGGGAUUAUCUUUAAAAAAUAAGAUAUCUUUGGAUUGUAUAGUUCCAUCAAUUUUUUGUAGUUUUCUUGUAAACAUAUAGAUGGCAGUGCAGUCAUUUCAAGUGACACAGUGCCACCAUUUUCUUUACAGCUCAAAUGGUAAUAGUGAUGAUGUGGAUAUGGCCACCUGAAUGCCUCAGCUGUUAAGAUGGAUGAUAAUUCGGAAAUGACAGCGAGCCAGGGAAAGAAAUAUGAACGUUUUAAGUAUAGCGAAGAAGACCUCACUUCAGCUUUAGAAGAUAUUAAGGCAGGAAACCUUAGUUUGAAUAGUGCUGCUAAAAAAUAUGGUGUUCCUAAGGGAACACUUCAUAAUAAAAUUAUGGGCAAAGUUCCUAUUCAACGAAAAAUGGGACCAGAUACUGUGCUGACAACAAAAGAAGAACAGAAGUUAGAAAUGUGGAUACUAAGCAAGGCAAAAUUGGGAUUUCCAAUGCACCCGGAUGUAGUUCAAGAUGCUGUACAGACAGUUUUAAAUAGUGGUGGACGGAAGACUCUGUUCAAAGACAAUAGGCCGGGAAGGAAGUGGUUGGAUUUGUUCCUUAAAAGACACCCUACUAUUGGGAAAAGAAAUGCUGAAAUAAUUUCCAAGGGUCGUGCUUCUGUGACGCAAGAACAAAUUAGCAACUGGUUUUAUGAUCUCAGGACUCAUUUGCAAGAGGAGGGGUGUGAAGAUGUUUUACAAGAUGGUGCAAGAAUCAUAAACUGUGAUGAAACUGGAAUGCAGCUUUGCCCUAAGACUGGUAAAGUUUUAGGACCUACAGACUUAAAGAAUUUCUACGAAAUAGCAGGUGGGCAAGAGAAAGAAUCCAUUACAGUGUUGUGCAGCUUUUCUGCAAACGGGAGUAUUAUUCCACCCAUGAUAAUUUACCCAUACAAGCGGCUGCCAAAAAACAUUGCUCAUACUAUUCCUGAAGAGUGGGGUUUUGGGAGAUCGGACUCUGGGUGGAUGGUUUCGAGUACAUUUUAUGAGUACAUAGCAAACAUUUUCUGGCCAUGGUUAUCACGCAAUGGAGUAGUGUUUCCAGUGAUAUUGUUCUUAGAUGGUCACAAAUCUCAUUUGAGUUUGGAAGUGUCGGAAUUAUGUGCUGAAAAGAAAAUUAUCCUCUACUGCCUGCCUCCCAAUGCAACUCACAUACUGCAACCAUGUGAUGUGACAGUGUUCCGGGCUUUAAAAGUAAUGUGGAGAAAAGUGUAUCACUCUCACAAACAGUCCUGCGGAAAUAUUACAAAAGCAAAUUUUGCUCAUAUAUUUAAAGAAGCUUUCGAUGCUGCGAUUAAACCAGAUGUAAUAAUUAGUGGUUUCAGAGCUUGUGGUUUGUUCCCCUGUAAUCCUGAAAAUGUUGACUACACAAAAUGUAUCUCUCACAGGCGACAGGAGCUGAAAAAAGAAAGAUGCCAAGAAGAGCAGACCGUACCAACAAAGAAUGACUUCAAAAUAGCUGUGAAAGUUAUUGAAUACUUGAUCGGACCAAACAAAACAGAACAAUUUUUGCAGACAGAAGAAAAUACUUCUUUGCCAGUUUCAAAUAGUAGUCUAUUCAAAGUCUGGAAAGCCUGCAGAGAGCAAGUCAAUGAGAAAAGUCAAGUUGGCCAUGACAGACAAGCUACUCAGAAUGCCAACAAUCAAGACGAAUGUGAAUUGUUGAAUGCCACAGACAUUCCUGGUAUUGACGACAUUACUUUAACAACCGAGACUGACUUGUUAGAUAUUGGUUCCCUUCCAAUUGAAAUUGAUGGUAUUGUUUUUCAUGGUAUGGAUGACACAAACAUCACAUAUGGAACCAGAGAAAAUUUGUACAUUGCUGAGGUAGAGGAAGAAGCAACUGUACUGUCAUGUAAUGAUGGUUUCAGAAAAGAAAUUAGUAUGAACAUCCCAAGUGGAACCAGAAAAAAUUUGAAUGUUAUUGAAGUAGAGGAAGAAGAAGAAACUGGAAUGCUGUGUAAUGAUGAAGGAUACACAAACAAAAGUAAAAGUACUGAAGAAAUCUGUGUAAGAGACAUUGUGGAAGAUGUCAUGAGCAUGAUACUUGAAGAAGUGGAAAAUAAGUUGCGAACUGAUUGUAAAGAUCCAAAAGAAAAUGGAAACCAGCACUGUAAUGAAGAUAAUGCAACUGAAAAGGAGAUUGAGAAAACAAGUGACCAAGAAAUAGAUUUGUGGGAGCAGCACUUGCACUGGCCACGAGUUAAUGAGAAAAAAGCAAUAAAAAGAGUACAGAAAGAAAAACAAAUAUAUGCAAUAUCUUCAAACAAAUGGCGUGAAUUGCAGGUUAAGAAGGAAGACGAAAAGAAGGCAAAACAGAAAAUCCAGCAAGAGAAAAAAGAAAAUCGAAAGAAAAGACUACACGCAACAGUGAAUAAUAGACCGGCUAUUAAACGAAGAAAGACUAAAGACAAAGUUGGUGAAACAACUACUGUUACUAGUAGGCCUCCUGAGACACAAGCAGAAUUUCAGAAAGACUAUGAGAGAAAAGAUGUUAUCCCUGGCACAUAUAUUUUAGUUAAGUUUAAGUCAGGAGCAAAGAAGAAUGUAGGACAGUACUACAAGUAUGUAUGUGUGACACAGGAGGUGCAAGGGGAAGAAAUUAAAGUUGUAGGAUUGAAGUCGACAGAAAACAAUAGAACAUUUCGUGUUGUUGAUAGUGAUGUUUCACACAUAAGUUUUAGUGAUAUUGUUGCAAUUUUGCCACAACCACUUAUUGAAAGUGCAGGAGACAGGAUAAAAUAUAUUUUUAGAAAUGAUAUUGAAAUCAAAGAAAAUUGAUGCACGUAGAAUACAAAUCAAUGUUACCUUGCAGCAUCAAAACAUGUAUCUAAAUUCCGUAACUUUGUGUUUCAUGUAGCCUACUUAACUUUUUAAGCAUGUAGGCCUAAGGUCUGCUAAUGAUUUGACUUCGUAUUUCUUUACUUCAUAGGCCUAUUAGUGGCCUAUCUUGCAUUGCUCAGUACUUGUUCAUUCAUUGGGAAGUGUGUGUUCAGUAUUUGGAAUGAAGUGUUCAGUCACUGGUGUUUUUGCACUAUUUGUAUAAAUUAGUUAUUUUUAUAUUAUGUUCAUUGUUGAAGUAGUUCAUAUUUUUUUUACUUCAGUGCAGAUGUUUAAUAAUCCAAAAAAACCUACCAUAACAUUCAGAAAAAUAAUUUCAUACUAAUAAAGAAUUUUUAUAUCAGGAUUUGCCUUAAAUGUUCAUUAAUUGGUACAAUCACC